AUGGAUGAACAUUUGAUUGCAACUAUCAACAAGUUACAGGAUGCAUUAGCCCCUCUUGGUGGAGGCUCAUCAUCUCCAGUUGAUUUACCACAAAUCACUGUUGUUGGAUCUCAAUCUUCAGGUAAAUCGUCAGUUUUGGAAAAUAUUGUUGGUCGUGAUUUCUUACCCAGAGGUACUGGUAUUGUUACUAGAAGACCGUUGGUUUUACAAUUGAUAAAUAGAAGACCAUCUCAAAACAAGGAUAAAAAGGAUUUGGUUGACAUAAAUUCUACUGAAGAUGGUGGACAAACUGAAAAUAAUGCUGAUGAAUGGGGGGAAUUUUUACAUUUACCUGGUAAGAAGUUUUAUAAUUUUGAAGAUAUUAGAAAUGAAAUUGUUCGUGAAACUGAUGCCAAGACUGGGAAAAACUUGGGUAUUUCUCCCGUACCUAUUAAUUUGAGAAUUUAUUCACCACAUGUAUUGACUUUAACGUUGGUUGAUUUACCUGGUUUAACUAAAGUCCCCGUUGGUGAUCAACCAAAGGAUAUCGAAAGACAAAUUAGAGAUAUGAUCAUGAAGUUUAUUUCAAAGCCAAAUGCCAUUAUCUUGUCGGUGAAUGCAGCAAAUACUGAUUUGGCCAAUUCUGAUGGUUUGAAAUUGGCAAGAGAAGUUGAUCCAGAAGGAUCAAGAACUAUUGGUGUGUUGACUAAAGUUGAUCUUAUGGAUCAAGGAACUGAUGUUAUUGAUAUUUUGGCUGGUAGGGUUAUUCCACUUAGAUUUGGAUAUGUGCCGGUGAUUAAUAGAGGUCAAAAGGAUAUAGAAACAAAGAAAACCAUUAGAGAAGCUUUAAGAGAUGAAGCUGCAUUUUUUGAAAACCACCCUUCCUAUAGAGCUAAAGCUCAAUUUUGUGGUACUCCCUAUUUGGCAAAGAAAUUGAAUGGUAUUUUGUUGCAUCAUAUCAAGAGUACUUUGCCCGAUAUUAAAAUGAGAAUUGAACAUUCAUUGAAAAAAUAUCAAUCGGAAUUGCAGUUGUUGGGACCGGAAAUGUCUGAAUCACCUGCAUCUAUUGCUUUGAACAUGAUUACUAAUUUUACCAAAGAUUAUACGGGAAUCUUGGAUGGUGAAGCUAAAGAAUUGAGUUCGGCUGAAUUGACUGGUGGUGCUCGUAUUUCAUUUGUUUUCCAUGAAAUUUUCAAAAAUGGUAUCACUGCUUUGGAUCCAUACGAUCAAAUUAAAGACGCCGACAUAAGAACCAUUUUACACAAUACGUCAGGUUCUGCUCCUUCAUUAUUUGUUGGUACCGCUGCUUUUACUGUUUUGGUCAAACAACAAAUUAAAAGAAUGGAAGAUCCAGCUGUUAGAUGUAUAAAUUUGAUUUUUGAUGAAUUGGUUCGUAUCUUGUCACAAAUCAUUAGUCAACCACAAUAUUCAAGGUACCCAGCUUUGAAGGAACAAUUGUCAAAUCAUUUUAUUCAAUACUUGAGAGAAGCAUUAAUUCCUACAAAUAACUUUGUUACUGAUAUUAUUAAAUCAGAAGAAACUUAUAUCAAUACAGCUCAUCCUGAUUUAUUAACGGGCACUCAAGCAAUGGCUUAUGUUGAAGAGAAAUUCCACCCCAAGCCACAAGUUGCAGUUGACCCAAAGAUAGGAAAACCUUUACCACAACAACAACCAACUGCCAAUCCCAACAUCCCCAAAAAUGAAGAAAAUAGUAACGGAUUCUUUGGUGGUUUCUUUUCAUCAAAAAAUAAAAAAAGAUUACAACAAAUGGAAGCACCACCACCAGUAUUGAGAGCAACUGGUACAAUGACAGAAAGAGAAUCAAUGGAAACCGAAGUGAUUAAAUUGUUGAUUUCAUCGUAUUAUAAUAUUGUCAAGAGAACAGUUGCUGAUAUUGUUCCCAAGGCCAUUGUAUUGAAGUUGAUAAAUAGGUCAAAAGAUGAAAUUCAAAAGGAAUUGUUGGAAAAGAUGUAUAAUAACCCUGAAUUGCCUGAUUUGGUUAAAGAGAAUGAAUUGACGGUACAAAAGAGAAAGGAAUGUAUUAGAAUGGUUGAAGUGUUGAGAAAUGCUAGUGAAAUUGUGUCUAGUGUGUAG